UCUCUAUGCUCUUUUGACUUCAUUUUCUUGGAACUAAUCUCAAAUUCACCUUUUUGCUUUCUUGAUGCUCUGUUUGGUUGCUGGGAAAUCUUCCGAAAGUCGGAGAAAACUCCAAAUUUUGGAAAUGUGUACUUGAAACCAUUCCAAGAUUUCGUAUUUAAUUUGUUUCCCCACUCUUACCCUGCGACCAUGCAUACCAUUAUUGCCAUCAUUCAUUUUUAGCUUGUUACAGUUCUCUAGGUUCUAGGUCUCGUAACAAAAUUGUAUGUGUUUUAUAGAAUUUAAACUUAAUUGUUCCCUUUUUCAUCUCCAAGUGUUUCUUUUUCGGUUUCUUGGAAUGGCCUUUUUCCAUUAUAUGCAAGACGUGCUGAUCUUGCUAUUUAUCACCGUCGCUUUACAUUGCUUCAGUUUCAUCCUAAAAACCCCGUUCCAUUUGGAAAAAGAGAAUGCCACCAUCAUGCGAUGAAGCCAAAGAGACUAAUGAGGACUGUGCCAUAGUUCUUGAGCUAUCUGAAAGUGACCCUUAUUUUGAUAAAAAGAAGAUGUUACUUCAAAAUAAGGGUUUCAAUCCCAAGAAGCGGGUUUCUCUCAAGAGCUCUUCAAGUCCUAGUUGGAUAAGUGCUACGUUGAAAGUGAUGCUUCAGAUAGCAAGAAUCAUACACUUAGAUGAGGUAGAACUUUAUUUUUGCCAGGAUGAUGCAUGUUCACCAGUUGAAUUCUACAGCCCCAGGAAUGAGGUGGAGGCUCUUAAUUCAAUCCUUUCACUUCUUGACAUUUCAAAUUCUAGUGGUAAGUGCUUGCAAAUGAAUGUCCUGCAAGAAUUACGGGAAGCAAUUGUUAGUAUGAUCCGUGACGUUCGGGACAAUAACUGUGUGAAGACUACAAUCCUAGAAAAUCAGAGUGUUGAUAAAGAAGAAUGUUUGUUGCAAUGGGGUGAAAGAAAUGGCAUGAGAACAAGGCUGCAGAUAGCUUAUGUUGAAGGGGCUGGCAGAGGAUCCAUAGCAAGAGAAGAUCUGAAUGUUGGAGACACUGCUUUGGAGAUCCCGGUAUCUAUUGUCAUUUCCGAGGAGCUAGUGUACACAUCUGACAUGUUUCAUAUAUUAGAGAAGAUUGGUGGCAUCUCUCUUGAGACAAUGUUAUUGUUGUGGAGCAUGAAGGAGAGGCAUAAUUGCACUUCAAAAUUCAAGAUUUACUUCGAUGCGCUGCCAAAAAACUUCAAUACAGGCUUGAGCUUUGGACUAGAUGCAAUCAUGGCUUUAGAAGGAACACUGCUGUUCGAAGAGAUAGUGCAAGCAAAACAGCACUUGUGUGAUCAAUAUGGUGAGUUAUUUCCCUCACUGUGUGAUGAUCAUCCAGACAUAUUUCCACGGGAGCUAUACACAUGGGAGCAAUUCUUAUGGGCUUGUGAACUCUGGUACUCUAAUAGCAUGAAUGUAAUGUUCCCUGAUGGAAAGCUAAGGACAUGCCUAAUUCCAAUUGCUGGCUUUCUUAACCAUUCGCUACACCCACACAUAUUGCAAUAUGGUAAAGUAGAUACAACUGCAAAUUCUUUGAAAUUCCGUCUAUCAAGACCAUGCAGUGCAGGAGAACAAUGCUUUCUCAGCUAUGGACACUUUUCUAGUUCUCAUCUGAUUUCUUUCUAUGGAUUUUUACCACAAGGAGACAACCCAUAUGACAUCAUUCCAGUGGACAUUGAUGCCACAGAGGAUGAUUCUAUAACAUCAAACUCAACUCACAUGGUGCGGGGUACUUGGCUCUCAAGAAACCACAACAUCUUUUAUUAUGGCUUGCCAUUGCCAUUACUGGAUCAUCUACGGAGAAUUCAGAGUCCUAUUCUGCAGUACAACACACUUCUACAAGCAAACUUGGAAAAUGAAAUGGAAGUUCUUGGACGCCUUCGGUCCAUCUUUGACUGCGUGAUGAAAAAUCUCGGUGCUGUAGAUCUGCAUGACAGAGAAAAUACCAGUUGGGAUGUAAGGCUGGCAGUGGAGUUCAAAGAUCUACAAAGAAGAAUUAUUUCUUCAAUCUUAUCUUCUUGUGAUACUGGCCUGAAGCUGGUGAAGAAUGAAUGGUGCAGAUGCUUGGCUGAGGACAGCCGUGGGUAGUUGAGCUGGAUUGAGCAGCAUGUUCGAUGUAAGAAAAUUCUCUCUUCUGGUGCUAUAGUUCCCAUCCAAAUUAGUCAUUGACCCUAUCAGUGUCCGAGGAAGUGAGAAAAGAUUUGUUUGUCCUGAUGGUGGAAGGAGCGUAAGCAUUGAAUAUCACUUUAGUAAUGACACAGAGCAAUGUGUGGCUUUCUUUUUUGGUUAGAUCUGACCUUUGUGGAGGCGAGAAACAGAGAAAGACAUGCGCAUUACUUUUUAAAUGCGUUCCAAAUCAAUUCUUAAUAUGUGGAGAGGGGGGAGAGGGGAAUUAAGGGAAUAUAAGCUUGUAGUGGGGGGGUUUGGGGAUAAGGAUGCUGACAUUUGAUUCGAGCUAUACACAAAUUGGGUCUGUUUUGCCAAAACAUCAUCAUUUGUGAUUUCGUUUGUGCAUGAAGAUGUUGAUCGAGAUCACCAAAA